ACGAGCUUCUGCAACAUAAGUGACUCACAGACUCAGAAGUAGGUUUAAAAUCAACUUGUUCAACAUGCAGCUGUUUCAGAUUAUUGGAGUCUCAGUGCUUGGCCUGUUUUUGUUCGUUACCAGGACAGAGGCUGAUAACCACUGCGAGGCCAGCGAUGACAAGAUAAGCGCUUGUACUAAGAUUUUUGUCGGUGUCAAUACUAAGGCGAAAAAUGCCACAGCCUGUCUGAAGGAUGAAAUAAAGGGGAGCUGUAUAUCUUACAAAUUGUUCAAGACUUGCGUCGACAUUGGAAAAGAUGCAUCGAAAAAUGCGGAAUGCAAGACAAAGAUUUCCGAGAAACUGAAGGCUGAAGGGAUCGGUUGCACUUUUGACGAGGUGGUUUCUGCAGUCAUGUGUGGUGGAUCGACUGUCACCUUCAACCUGGCUUUGUUUGUGUGCACAGCACUUCUGGCUAUCAUCAAGUUCUAGAGCUAGGUCGUAAUCACCCAAAGGUCAACAAUGAAGAAAUCUUUCGAUCCGCUAUCAUCAUCAGAUUGACACCAGUGACCAUUUAGAUGACCAUCGGACCAAUGACCUCAUCAGUCUGAAAACAGAAAAAACGCCACCACGCACAUUCCAUGUACUGAUGUAAACUGUACGAAAAUGAAGUGAUUUGAAGAUACUUCAGGCAAUUUGAAACUCCCGAUUAUUAAACACAUAUUGUCCUUGGUCACUGAAACCUGUGUUCGUAAUGACAAAAUUUCGACCUCUUUCUGUAGCUACGUUAGUAGUAUAACUGUUAGUGAUGAUUUAUGUAUUAUGCGCAUGCGCACAUGACGUUAGUAUUAGCUUACAGGAGGACUUUGUACCACAGUCUAGCACUCUUUCCCAGUCGUUUACAGAGCCUACUUCCAUGAAGCGUCUCUACAAUGUUUUACUGAUGGACCGCCAGCACGAGUCUCGUUCCUCGUUAUCAGCACGAUUUGACGGAGUGUGUUUGUAGUUGCUGGGUUGUCUUUGAAGCAAUUCACCACUCCUGAUCUUAAAUUGCUGAUGACUAUCAAUUUCUGUUCAAAUUAACCGCUUCGUGAUAAUCAAAACUUAGAUUUAACAGAUUAGGCUUACGUUAUGAAUAGAGUGCCAUUAAGCACUCAUCGUGAAUUCUCUUUGUAGGACUUUUACCAUUGACUGUUAACUUUUGUAAUAACAUUUAUACAUUCUAUUGCUUGUUAAGAAAUAAAAGAAUAUAUUUAUCUUUGAAA